CUUUUAUUCAACUCGUCUCAUUGAUACAUCAUGGUUCCUCAUGAUGCCAGACGAGUCUCAGAAGAAGACUUGGACGUCUUGAACUUGAUAGAAUACGAGCAACACUUGUCUAAGGGUAACAAACGUCGUAUCAGCAACGACAAUAGUGUUUCUUCUACAACAAGUCUCGAUAAUACUAACAAUGGUCUAUUUGGUCAAGACCUUGAAAUAAAGCCUGAAAUUGAUACAGGAGCAGUAUCCAAAUCUAUGUUCUCUUUUAAGAAGUUAUGGAAGUAUAUGGGACCAGGCUGGCUAAUGUCCAUUGCUUAUCUUGAUCCGGGAAAUCUUGAAUCUGAUUUGCAAACAGGUGCUGUAGCUGGUUGCAGUCUACUUUGGCUCUUAUUUUGGGCUCAUGUCAUAGGCCUAUUCUUUCAAUUAUUAUCAGCUCGACUAGGCACAAUCACAGGCAAACAUCUCGCUCAGCUUAUUCGACAAAGUUAUUCAAAACGCAUGACGAUUGUCUUGUGGACAUUUGCACAAUUAGCUAUCAUUGGCGCCGACAUUUUAGAAAUUGUAGGUACAGCAGUCGCCUUACACAUCCUUCUCAGACUUCCUUUAUGGGCGGGUGUACUCAUGACGGCCACAGAUACGUUCACUUUUAUGAUGAUUCAGCGAUACGGUAUACGACGUCUUGAAGCCUUCUUUAUGGUCCUUAUUACCAUGAUGGCUGCCUGCUUUUGGAUCGAGUUGUUUCAAUCCAAGCCAGAUGUCAGCAAAAUCAUUCAAGGCGUGGUGAUACCCUAUGUACCGAAAAACGCUGAAUUCCAAGCAGUGGCCAUGCUAGGUGCCAUUGUCAUGCCUCACAAUAUGUUUCUCCAUAGUGCACUUGUGAUGUCUCGGGAUUUAGGUCAACAGCCCUCCAUUCGUAAAUUGAAGGAAGCUAAUUUCUACUUUGCGAUUGAGUCCAUAUUAGCAUUAAGUGUUUCCUUUUUUGUUAAUUUGGCAAUUGUGGUUGUGUUUGCUCAAGUCUUUCACAAGUCGGAUCAGACAGGACCUAUCAAAAUCCCUGGGCUAGACGAUGCUGAUGAAGUCCUGAGUGGCACAUUAGGUUCUGCUGCUAAAUAUCUGUGGGCUGCUGGUUUGCUUGCUGCUGGGCAAAGUUCAACGAUGACAGGCACACUUGCAGGUCAAUAUGUGACAGAAGGGUUUUUUGGUAAUAUCUUUAAAAAAGAUUGGCAUCGUGUUGCAGCCACACGUAGUAUUUCUCUUAUUCCUGGUAUGUUGGUUGCUAUUUUUGCUGUAGAUCAUUUUGAUACCAUGGGCGAGUUGCUGAAUGUAUUGCAAAGGUAACAUUUAUUAAAAAAAACAAAACAAGAUUGACCACAGUCAUAGUGUGUGCUUACCCACGGUGCUUAUUCCAAUCAUCAAAAUUUCAACAUCACCUCAUGUCUUGUCAAACGAAUUUAGACCUUCCACUUUAAUGCAAAUUGCUUGUUGGACAUUGACUUUGAUUGUGAUUGCAUUCGACAUUUUAUUGUUUAUCAAGCAUGCUGUGGACCAAACAUCUGCUAUUGCUAUCAGUGUUAUUGGCACCAUUUAUAUUCUGUUUUUAGUCUAUCUUGUGUGGACACCUAUUGAGUCUUCAGAACAUACACAUGAUGGCUGGAUGAGCCUACCACAACACGAAGAAGAACAAGGCAGUGACAAUGAAACAACACCUUUUCAUGCCCAUAGCAACAACAACAACAACAACAACAACAACAGCA